ACUCUAUCAACCAAACCCUCCCCUUUCCAAACUAAAGUUUAAUUUGCACUUCAAUCUGUAGUUCUAUACUAUAUUAUAUUCCUUAAUUAUUAAAAAAUGGAGGGUGGUUUGUGGAACAAAGAGUUGCUGAUUUUAAAGUUCGUUUUGCUUGCUGUGGCUGUUGUGAAGACAGUGCAUGGCAAGGGCACCUAUGUAGGGUUCUAUUCUGGAACAUGUCCACGUGCCGAGUCCAUAGUUAGGUCCACAGUUGAAUCUUACGUUAGGUCUGACCCUACUUUAGCAGCAGGGAUACUUCGGAUGCACUUCCAUGAUUGCUUUGUGAGAGGUUGUGACGGUUCUGUCCUUAUUGCUGGCUCUGAUACCGAGAGAUCAGCGGGGCCAAACCGUAAUUUGAGAGGCUACGAGGUCAUUGAUGCUGCAAAGGCAAAACUCGAAGCUGUGUGCCCUGGUGUUGUGUCUUGUGCUGAUAUUCUUGCCCUUGCUGCUCGUGAUUCUGUAGUUUUGAGUGGUGGACUAAGUUGGCAAGUGCCCACAGGACGCAGAGAUGGAAGAGUUUCAAUUGGAACUGAAGCCUUCACUUUGCCUGGUCCUAAUGAUACAGUUGCAGUGCAGAAUAAGAAGUUUUCUGAUAAGGGCCUUAACACUCAAGAUCUUGUGAUUCUUGCUGGUGGGCACACGAUAGGUACAGCUGCUUGCCAAUCUUUCUCAGACAGAUUAUACAGUCCGAACGGCACUGAUCCUUCGAUUGACCCUUCAUUUGUUCCAUUUCUGCGUCAAAUUUGUCCACAAAACCAACCAACGAAGAGAGUGGCACUAGACACAGGUAGCCAAUUCAGAUUUGACACAUCUUACUUUGCUAACCUAAAGAGAAGGCAUGGAAUUCUCCGUUCUGAUCAAGUGCUUUGGACUGAUGCUUCCACAAGACCCUUUGUUAUCAAAUACUUGGCCACAGGUCUCUUCAACCAAGAGUUUGCCAAGUCUAUGAUCAAGAUGGGUAACAUUGGUGUCAAAACGGAUGCUGAUGGUGAAAUUCGCACCAAAUGUUCUGCUGUUAAUUAGCUUCAUGUAGUACGUCAACAUGUAUGCCCGAAGAUCAUAAUAAAAGUAUAUUUGAGCUUUUUUGGUGUGACAGUUAA